UAUUAUGGAAAAGCAGCAUUGUAAAUACAUCAGCAUAUAAUUUUGGUUUCAAUUAACAGUUAAGGGCAGUAACAACUGGGAAGAACACAAUGGGAAGUUAUACGCGGUGCUUCAAGAUCAGCAAGGUGCAAUCAAAGAAACAUGGGAGAAAGGUGUCAAAAUGUGUGACAAGGAAGACGCUAUUCUAUUUUCUCCGACUGUACAUAUGAAUAGUUGGAACAUAGAUUUUUUAAAAAGGAAUGGUAUCGAAAAUGGUUGGAUUGGCAUAAACGAUAAAUGUAUAGAAGGAAACUGGAUAUGGGCAGAUGGAUCUCCAGUUAAUAAAACAGAUAUGAAUUGGGGAAAAAAUCAGCCUGAUAACGCCAACGGAAUGGAAAAUUGCGGAGAGAUAUUUCAGAACUCAGCAUGGAACGAUUUGCCUUGUAGUGAACAGUCAUUUAAACUCCCAGUAAUUUGUCAAAAAUGUAAACCCUGUGAUUUGAAUGAUUAUAAUAUCACAUGCAGUAAUGAAACAAGCCUGGAUAAUUUGAAUUGUAAUGGUCAGAAAAAGAUACAGUUGAAUGUUUGUAUACCUGACUGUCGACCCGGGCCAGCUGAUAUUCUUUUAAUAGUAGAUACAUCUACCAGUACAGAAGGUCAUCUAAAUAGAACUAUCGAAAUUAUGACGUACAUUGUCAAAAGGUUGCCUAUAGGAUCUGAAGAUUUUCAAAUUGCUCUGAUGAAAUACAACUAUCAUCCCUCGCUUGUCUUUAACUUUGUACAAUAUACAAGUGUACAAUCAAUUACGUCUGCAUUUUAUGACAUACAUAAUUCUAAUGGACCAACAAAUACUGGUGAGGCCUUACAAAAAGCAGACGAGAUAUUUCACGACAAGUCAUCUGGGUCUCGUAUCUCUGCUUACAAAUACGUCAUUUUAAUCUAUGAUGGUUUGUCAUCUGAUAGAAUGAACGCAUUAUCACAAGCAAAAAAAAUGAGAGAAAAAAGAAUAAAACUUUUCGCAGUAGGCAUUGGGAAUGCAAUUUCUCACGAUGAGAUUGUAAACAUUGCAUUCAGUAAAUAUUACGCGUUCAACCAUAUGCACCUAGAUGAUAUUUACAACCAACUAAUACAAGACAGUAUAGACGUCAGUUGUCCAGUGUGCGUACGUAGGACAGAAGCUGACAUCAUCAUACUUUUAGAUGUUCAAAAGAAUCAGUCGAGCAUUGGGUUUCAAUACCGAAAAACAGCCAUCAGGAAAUUACUUGAAGGUUUAUAUAACGAUAACCCUAACGUACAAAUAGGUAUGGUUGCAUACUCAGAUCAUGCUGAUUAUGUAUUCAAAUUAUCAUGGUCGAACAACGUUCACAGCCGUAUUGCAGCUGCCUUUCAAGUUGAGUUAGACAAGGUGUCUGUUGAAUCUAAUUUAAGCCACACUCUGGAAUUUGUAGGCGUUGAUGUUUUUCGUAGUUCAAAUGGUGGACGAUCUCUGGCUAGGAAAAUAGUAAUAACGUUUUCCUCCUCAAUGACUGAUUAUUCCGUUGGGAUAAGAGACCAAAUCCUUAAUCUCAACAAAUCAGAUAUUGAAGUUUUGGGAGUCGCCACAAACCAUAAUGAUCCUAUUUCUAAUGAUUAUACAGAAAUACUUUUAGAUGCAAGUCAGUUGUUUGUUAUACCUACAGAGUCGAAAACUGAUCCUUUUGACUGCUUGAAAGCUUUGUCUGGUAUGACGUCAUAUUAUGUGUGUAAUGAUUCUGUUUUUCAAUUGUACCCAUAAGAUUUUCUAUCAGCUUUAUAUCCAGAUGUUUAUAACAUUAGUA